CGAAUAUGGUGCCUUGGGCGGGGUUUGGGCCAAAAGCAGAGUAGGAGCAGCGCCUAUUACUGUCGUCCUCACCGUCACGGCCGGAGCCUCUUCCUGGAUUCAUUCAUUCAUUUUUUUUUCAUUUACGGAGGUAGUGAGGCCUGGUUGAAAGCCAUGGAGAGCGCUCUGCCUGCUGCCGGCUUCCUGUACUGGGUGGGCGCGGGCACUGUAGCCUACGUGGCCCUGCGCAUCUCGUGCUCGCUCCUCACGGCCCUUCGGGUCUGGGGUUUGGGUCACGACGAGGGGGUCGGACCCAGGCUCGGUGAAUGGGCAGUUGUUACAGGUAGUACUGAUGGAAUUGGAAAAUCAUAUGCAGAAGAGUUAGCAAAGCGUGGCAUGAAGAUUGUCCUUAUCAGCAGAUCGCAGGACAAACUGAACCAGGUUUCCAGUGAAAUAAGAAAAAAGUUCAAGGUGGAAACAAAGACCAUUGCUGUUGACUUUGAAUCAGAAGAUAUUUAUGAUAAAAUUAAAACAGAAUGUUCUGGGAUGGAGAUAGGGAUGGCUGUGAACAAUGUGGGAAUGUCGUAUCAGUAUCCCGAGUACUUUCUGGAAAUUCCUGAUUUGGACAAUACCAUCAAGAAACUGAUAAAUAUUAAUGUUCUUUCUGUUUGCAAGAUGACACGGUUGGUACUGCCCGGCAUGGUAGAAAGAUCUAAAGGGGCGAUUAUCAACAUUUCCUCUGCCAGUGGCCUGUACCCAUUUCCACUGUUGACCAUCUACUCUGCAACCAAGGCUUUUGUAGAUUUCUUCUCCCAGAGCCUCCAUGAGGAAUAUAAGAGCAAGGGCAUCAUUGUGCAGAGUGUCCUCCCCUACUUUGUUGCUACAAAACUGGCUAACAUCCGAAGGCCAACUUGGGAUAAGCCCUCUCCAGAGGUGUUUGUGAAGUCUGCAAUUAAAACCGUCGGCGUGCAGUCCCGAACCAACGGCUACCUGAUCCAUUCUCUUAUGGCCUCAGUCAUCUCAAGCCUGCCUUCCUGGCUGUAUUUUAAAAUGGCCAUGAAUAUAGGCACUUCCAUGCGGGCUCGCUAUCUGAAGAAAAACAAGAAGAACUGAGAAUUGAUAAUCGAAUGGAGGAACUUGGCCAGAUGCUCCAGCCUAGGCACGUUCACAGCAAGGCACCCACCAUCUCCAGAUCUUCAUUUGUCAUGUUAAUAGUUGCUGAUAAAGCUAAAAGUUGUCAUAAUUGGGCGGACAGCAGAAGUUGCUUUUAGGAGUUCCUGACAUAUAUUCUGGGAGCUACUAGGAGUUAUUUUGAAGUUUAACAUAAAUACUCAUAUCAAAUGGCUAUAAAACUAACAUUAAGAAGAACUGCUUAAUAGGAAGGAACACAAUGAUGGCAAAUCACAGAAUGAUAGAGUCAGACAUAAGGCUCAAGAGUUUCAUCUGGCCCCAAAUGCUAGUCAUGAUGGUUCUUGUAUUUUCUCCAAAACAUAGUUUAAAAAGUAUGUUGUAAAAUCACCAGCUACUCUUUUUUGCUUUUAACACUUUGAGGGAGUGGAGAUAUUAUUAACUGAUUCACUUAUGGGAGGACGUACUCAAUUUGCAUAGCUCUUGGUAAGGUUUUCUGAAAGUAUGUCUCUGUUUAUACACUUAUAUGGCACUUCUUUCUCAAGGGUAGCUAAUGAUGUAAAAAUAAUGAAGAAAUAUGGAGUUAUUUUUGACACAGGAAACCCACUAAAAAAUGCUUUCCUCUAAUACAUAUGUCUUCUCAGUUUAAAUGUGUAUAAAUGAUGAAUGCUAUAUGGUAUGACUUAUAAAGGUAAACAGGCCAAAAUGUACAUUGAGAUGGGCAGACCCCGCAGUGCCACUAAAACCCUGACCCAAGAAAGUGGCCUGCUUGGACUCCAGCUGUGGUUUUUCUGCACUGCAUCAAGAUUGCUCACAUAUGUGACAGCAGACUACUUGUAGAACAAUGAUGGCAUUAUACUUUUAAAUUGGUGCCCUAUAGAUAUCGACAUAAUUAGUUUUAAAAAAUGAUAUAACCAUGGUAUUGAUUGCGAAUAUAUUUCUUUGGUGUUUGAAAUUAAGGCCAUUUUUACACUGGUUUAAUAUAAAUUAAGACUUACUUUAAUCCUGCUACAUAACUUGUUUGGGGAAAUUGCUCAGAAGUAACUCAGUGUUGUGUAACAUGCAAUAUAGAAGGUAGGUCUUUGCCUAGGCUGUGGUUCCCAGGCUCUGAGUUUAGGUACCAGUAAAUUUGCAAAACAAAUUAAAAAAAAAAAGGAAAGCGAAAAUUAAUUAGUGUGCUGAAGUGUUUCUGCUGUUUCUAGCUUUUAAACUUGCCAGCUAAGGACA